CGGCAGAGGGCGGGCUGUCCGACCCUGGAAUUUCGCGUGUCUCAGCCGGCGAGUAAGAGUCCCUCCUCUGUCCCCGCCGCAUUCCUCGGCCCCACCAGCUCUGGGCUGGAGCCACGAUCCCGGGCCGGAGGCGGCGCCCUCGCCGCGUGGCGGGAAGACCGGCCGCUGGAUCGGGGAGCGCUCGGGCUCUGUACCCCGAGGCACGGGGACCCUGGCGCCCUGGGCUGCCCUCCACCGCCCACCUAACGCAGCGUGGGCAGUUCUCGCUUUGGCCACACCCUGUCAGAGCCCCACGGGGCUCCUGCCUCCUGGAUCUCACCAAAGCUCCGGACUCACAGGCUAGAAACGGCCUUCAGUUCCCAGAAGAGUGGAGGCGCCUCCUUUGGACCUACGUGGGGGGACCCAGCCCUGUCCUGGGGGCCCAGCCGUGGCUGAAUGGCAGCACCCCCACUGGGCCAUCUGGUGUUGACCCACCUGUUGGUAGCCCUCUUUGGCAUCGGCUCCUGGGCUGCCAUUAACGGGAUCUGGGUGGAGCUGCCAGUGGUGGUAAAAGACCUUCCUGAGGGUUGGAGCCUCCCCUCCUACCUCUGUGUGCUCGUGGCGCUGGGGAACCUGGGACUGCUGUUGGUGAGCCUGUGGAGACGGCUGGCCCCGGGCAAGGGCGAGCAGGCCCCCAUCCAGGUGGUGCAGGCGCUGAGUGUGGCAGGCACAGUGCUGCUUGCCCCGCUGUGGCAGCACGUGGCGCCAGUGGCCGGGCAGGACCACUCCGUGGCCUUCCUGACACUGGCCUCGGUGCUCGCGCUGGCCUGCUGUGCCUCGAACGUCACUUUCCUGCCCUUCCUGAGCCACCUGCCGCCGCCCUUCCUGAGGUCCUUCUUUCUGGGCCAGGGCCUGAGCGCCCUGCUGCCCUGCGUGCUGGCCCUCGCACAGGGCGUGGGCCGCCUCCAGUGCCCGCCAGCCCCCACCAACGGCACCCCGGGGCCUCCCCACAACUUCCCGGAGCGCUUUCCCGCCAGCACCUUCUUCGGGAUACUCGCCGCCCUCCUGGUCACUUCGGCCGCUGCCUUCCAGGGUCUCCUGCUGCUGUUGCCGUUGCCUCCGUCUGUGCCCGCAGAGGGUGCGGGGCUGGGCCUGCGGGUGAGAGCCCCUGGCGUGGAGCAGGAGGAUGAGGAGGAGGCCUCACCGCUGCAGGAGCCACCUUCCCAGGCGGCCGGCACCACCCCCGGCCCGGACCCGGAGGCCCGGGGGCUGCUGUCCGCCCGCAGCGCCUGCCUGCUGGGCCUGCUGGCCGUCACCAACGCGCUGACCAAUGGCGUGUUGCCUGCGGUGCAGAGCUUCUCCUGCCUGCCCUACGGGCGCCUGGCCUACCACCUGGCCGCGGUCCUGGGCAGUGCCGCCAACCCCCUUGCCUGCUUCCUGGCCAUGGGCGUGCUCUGCAGGUCUCUGGCAGGGCUGGGCAGUCUCUCUGUUCUGGGCAUGCUCUUCGGGGCCUACCUGAUGGCGCUGGCGGUCCUGAGCCCCUGUCCACCCCUCGUGGGCACUGCUGCGGGGACGGUCCUUGUGGUGCUGUCGUGGGUGCUGUGCCUGGGGCUGUUCUCAUACGUGAAGGUGGCCGCCAGCUCCUUGCUGCAUGGGGGGGGCCAGCCGGCCCUGCUGGCCGCUGGCGUGGCCAUCCAGGUGGGCUCCCUGCUUGGUGCUGUCGCUAUGUUCCCUCCCACCAGCAUCUACCACGUGUUCCGCAGCGGGAAGGACUGUGUGGACCUCUGUGGACCCUAAACCUGGGCACGUGGGGACCUCGCUCCGCCCCACCUGUCCUCGGCCGGGUUACCCCCUGCCCGGGGCGGGCCUCCCCAUGCAGUGGCCCGAGCGCGGGCCCCAACACACUCUACAGGAGGCCCUGGCUCUUCCGGCCCAAACCGGGUCCCACUGGGGCCGUGCACAGGCCUGGCCCGCCGCCCCGUGUGGGGUUUGCGCAGUAAAGCACGUUCGUCCCUGGCGUCCCUCUUCCUGUGCAGAUGGAGUUCCCCUGAGUCCAGUGAGGCGCUGGCUGCUCUGCAGGAGCCCGCCGCCCCCCACUGUUCCCACGGUUCCUGGGGUUAUGGCCUGGUCCCAGGACUCCUGCCCCCCACAACCAUUUUUACUUGGACUUGCCCCUGCCCCCUGAGAGCGGCCUAGAGGGAGGGCCAGGGACCCUCAGAGGCUCGGGUGGUCAGAGGCAGCGCGGUGUCCACCCAGUGUCAGCCCUCCCGGAUCUGCAGCUGAGCGGCGAGGCCCCCGAGCUGGGCCACCGCCCCACAGGCAGCUCCAGGCUGCAGGCGGGGGGGUUGGGGGGUGGGCUGAGCCGGCCAGGGCACCCCACACCCCCAGCCGUGGGACCCGCGUGGUCCGCUCCCUGGCCGUUUUCUGCCCUGGGGGUUUUCCGCCGGGGCUUUGUGGCGAGGUCCAGGCACAGUGAGCGCGGCUUAGACUGUGCGUGAGGUUCCAGCGUCACAGGACCUUUCUUCUCAAAAGCGUGGACCCCUUCCCUGAGCUACCAGCCUCCAGUUUCUGGCUCUUUCCACAAUCAGAGGCCCCAAGCCCUUUAUUCUGUCAUCAGCUACCUCCCUCCUGAGGCCAUGCCACCCUGGGGCGGGUGUGCGUGGGGCCUCGGGUUCCUGCAUCAGUCACACCUGCCCUGGGCUGGGCGGUUCC